AUGUCAGUGUUUACAAGAUGUCUUCAAGAUCUGCCUAAAAUAAGCAUUAGCGAUGUACACCGCAUCGUUGAUGCCUGGUCCCCUGCUCCAACAAGCAAGCGGAACAAGGGAUUCAAACUCUACAUAUCGAGUUAUAUCCACAACUACGAGGUUUCUAAUAAAGAUCAGGGCACAGGUGAAGUCAUUGUCAGGUCCUUGUGCUACAGAUCCAUGAGGAAAGCUGAGAAACCUCACAUACGUAAAAUUGACAGUUUUAGUAGGCAGGUGGUACUAAAAGAGUCAAGUCCUGUUGAGCUGAUUCAACACAGCUGCACAUGUGUUGCUGGAGCAGCAUUAUGCAACCACUGUGUUGCUUUGCUGUUCCAGUCAGCACAUUACUCACAGCUGAAUGUGCCAGUGGUCUCUCCUGUGCUAAGCUGUACUGAAGGGGAACAGCAGUGGCACAAGCCCAGAACUUUGGGUAUAAAGCCAGGCCCUGUGGAAAAGAUGGUUGUGCUGUCUGCUAAACCAAAGUCUAGAGCAACAACAGAGGGAGUAAGGAGCACACUCUACAAAGGCCUGAGUGGAGAUAUGCCUGAUCUAUCUGUCCUUCAGGUGACAGAGGUAUAUAAAGAUUUCCCCACAGCUGAGGCACCAAUGAUCUGCAGUAUGGGCAUCAGCUGUGAAAUUCCCCUGGUCGACUCUGCCCUUGGCAAGGUUCAAGCCGGUAGUCCCUUGUCCUACCAACAACCUGCAACAGCAAAGAGAAACCUGUCCUUCCAUGCUGCCCCACCACGUCCAUCUGUACCUCUUCAGCAUUACCGCCUACAGCAAUCCAGUUGCAUGUUUGUCUGCACUGAACCACAACAGCUACAUCAUAGGAGUCUGGAAGUCACCUGGGAUAUAGCGCACAAUUUUGAAUGUGCUACCAGAGACCAAAGUUCAUGUACUGAAUGGCAUCAGCUAAGAAGGCAUAGACUGACUGCCUCACGUUUCAGGGAGAUCUGCCAGGUUCGAGAGAACUCUGAAGAAAGCCUGGCUAACCGGAUACUGCAAGGAACCCGUCAGAUGGCGGCUAUGAAGAGGGGGCUCGAAUUAGAGGCAGAUGCUAUCUGGGAAUACUGUCAGAUGAAAAGGGUGAACCACUACCCCUGUGGAUUUGUCAUUCAUCCCGAUGCUCCUUGGCUGGGGGCGUCUCCAGAUGGGUUCAUCUUUGACCCUUCAGACCCAUGUCAGUUUGGGCUGAUUGAGAUGAAAUGCCUGAGUGUUAAAAGCUAUGUUGACUGCCCAUAUCUCAAAAUGAAGUCAGGCAAAUUGGAGCUACAACAAACACAUGCUUACUACUGGCAAGUACAGGGGCAGAUGUUAAUAACAGGAAUGAAUUGGUGUGAUUUUGUAGUUUCAGCUGAGGAAGAUGUACUCAUUCAAAGAAUUUAUAGGGACAAUGGUGUUUUAGAUGUGAUCAGAGAGAAAGUAGACAGGUUUUAUUUCUAUGUCUAUUUGCAGAAAUGUCUAAUGCUUCAGGAGUAG